UCAGUUGCUACGGGAAACAGGCGGCUAUCGUAUUAUAGCGCAGAUGCGAAACUGCGCCCCCGUAGGACUGCCGAAAUAAUACUAUUAUUCCUUGAUAACCCGCAGCGGUUUUGUACACUCACACUAAACGGACGAACGCAAUAUUCUAUACUCCAGACGGCGUCGACGACGGAGAUUGACCGCAGCCAGUCGAGUUCUUCGUCCACAACACUAUAUCGUCACCGGCUAGCUGUAACGAUUAAACGUCUCAGCCGCCAUCGACGAGCUAUAGCCUAACUGACAGACGGCAAUAUAUACACACGCUUUCUUUGCAGAUCAAUGAUAAAUACGAUUACGAACAUUUUAAACCCAAAGACAUUCAUGCUAUGGAUUCUAUUAUUCGUAGUAAUAAUCUGGACUUACACAUAUAAUUCGUUGACUACAUAUGAGGUGAUUGUCAGUGAAGCCCGUACAUCCAGCUUAAACUACGAUAAGUCUGGAUAUUUAAUUAAUACAACAGGAUGUCGAAUCCCAGAGAUGUAUUUGAAUGGACCUGAAAUAGAAAAAUCUUUUAAUCCAAACGUAAAACUUAAUUGUAGAACGACAUGGAAUUAUACUUUGCCAUUAGUUACUUCAGAUUUAACAUCUCUAAGAUUGAAUAAGAGUGCAUGGGCUACUUUAAAUAUCAAUGAGGGAUGUACAAAUUUCAAAUGUUAUUAUACUCCAGUAGAAAGAGACAACCAUCAAGAUCCUAAAGAAUAUAAUGAUAAUAAUGUGAAAUUUGGCCAGAAAAUAUAUUUUGUAAACAAUAUAACAGUUCCAGAUGAAAUGGUUGAAGUAGUAUGUACAUUAAAUUCGAAUAUAAUUUACAAACACUACCAUAUUUUCAUACGCCCAACUUCGUCAGUAAAAAAUCGAAAAGACGGAGAUGUAAGUGUAUUAGUUUUGGGUUUGGAUUCAGUAUCUCGUAUGAACUUUCAUCGUCAAAUGCCAAAAACUAGUGCGUUCUUGUCGGAAAUUGGCACUGUGGAAAUGUUAGGUUAUAAUAAAGUUGAGGAUAACACGUUUCCAAAUAUGAUUCCCGUACUAAGUGGAAUGUCAAUAGAAGAGUUAAAAAAAAAUUGUUGGCCUAAAUACGAAGACUAUUUUGACAAGUGUCAUUUUGUGUGGGACGAUUUUAAACAAGCUAAUUUUAGCACAACUUUUGUAGAAGAUAGUCCUAUAAUUGGAAUGUUUAAUUAUUUAAAAUCUGGAUUUUCAAAAAAACCUACUAACCAUUAUUUAAGACCAAUCAUGUUAGAAGCUGAAAAAAACUUGGGGCACGAAUAUUUUGGAAACACAAUAUGUUGUAUUGGCCCUCAGUUGGGUAUGACCUUGUUGUUUGAUUAUGCUUUUAAAAUUGCAUUAUCUAUGACUAAUCACUUAUACAUGAAUGUAUUUUGGACGACGAGCCUAACGCACGAUUACAUAGAGUAUCCAAAAUUUGGCGACAAUGACUUAAGGGACUUUUUUGAUAAGUUUAACAAGUCUGGCGAACUAAACAAAACGGUUGUCAUUCUAAUGAGUGAUCACGGAAUAAGGUGGGGACCCUUUAGAGACACAUACCAGGGUAGUUUGGAAGAUAAACUACCAAUGUUGAAAUUCAUUAUACCAGAAUGGUUUCAAAACAUGUAUCCCAACGCAAUGAAAAAUUUGAAUAAAAACACAAUUCGACUUACAACACCGUAUGAUUUACACGAGACGCUAUUAGAGUUCAUUAACACGAAACAGCUUAACGACGAUUCAAUUGCGAGACGAACGAAAAUGACUGGAAAUAAAAGAGGUAUUAGUUUGUUUCUCGAGAUUCCAGAAAAUAAAACUUGUGAUACAGCGGGAAUACCAAAAAACUAUUGUGCGUGCCAUGAAAAGAGGGUGGAAUUAUCUGUGGGCAACUCAAAUGUCGUUGAAGCGGCAAAAGUAUUAAUGCAAUAUAUAAAUUCAAAGUUAUCGAUGUAUACACUUUGCGCAUAUCUAACGCUGUAUGAGAUCCAUAAAGCGUCAGUAGAAAUGGGAAAAGAUAAUUCUUCGGUGAAAGAUUACGAGAUACAAGUAACUACUGUUCCUGGAUUUGCAAAAUUCGAAGCCACAUUAAGACAAUUUAACGGUAAUUUUAAAAUGAUAGGUUCAGUAAGUAGAUUAAAUGUAUAUGGCAAUCAAAGUAUUUGUGUAAAUGACUCUAAAAUGAAAUUAUUGUGUUAUUGUAUACAUUAAGACUAAGAUUAAACUCAAUCAAAUACUUGCAAAUAGUAAUGUUCCAAAUUCAUAUCAUUAUGACAAUAUAAUAUGAUCUAAAUAUAGAUAGGUACCAUUUGAUAAAUAGACACACAAAAGACAAAAAAAAUUGAUUUUUCUAAUGAAAUUUAAUUUGUUUUGUAAUGUGAUAUUUUUAAUUUUAUAUGAAAUAUUUUAUUAGUAUUUUAUAGUUUUUAUUAUGGGAAGAUUUUUGCUUUCGAUUUGUAAUUAUUUUUUAUAUUGUUGAAUAAUACCAAAUAAUAUUAUAUAUAGGUAUAUAUAUUAUAUUUUACACUAUUUAACACAUCACGAAUAUCAAUUUGAUAUUUAAAAAAAUAAUGUUUUUCAAUAUUUGUAAAUGUGUAUUUUAAUAAGAGUCGACAUGUUAUAAUCUAUUGAAAAAUAAUAAAUAUGAUUAUGUAAUA